UUUGAACAAGACGCGGGUCGGCUGCAGCGGGUUCCUCCGGGACAACGAUCUGUAGCUUUUGAACUCACCCGUUGAUAUAAUAUACAUUUCAGCCAUGAAGCCUUUAAAGCCGUUAUUUCUGAAGACGUACGGUAAGGAGAGGCGGAAGCUGUCUGCCUGGAUCUCACCGGAUAACCGUAAGCAGGCCUUCGACAGCACGCGAUCAACAGACGGCGACAGCUCCGUGUUUGAGCCCGCAAAGCCUACCAGGAAAAGAGAGAAGAGGACCAGCGUUGCCAGUUGUAGAACCAUCCGUCCUGCCAAGAGGAAGGCCAUGCUCUGUCUGGCUGAGAAGAGCUUUGACGAGGAGAAUACACUCUCUCCUUCCUGUCUUCAGCCUGCUCUGCAGAGCAGGGCCACCAGAGUGAAGAAGACUAGCGUCGCCAGUGGUCGAACAGUGCGUCCUGCCAGGAGAAAAGUCCCGUCGUGUCUGACAGACGGCAGCAGUGAUGAGGAGAACAUCGGCAGGCCCUCUCCCCCCCGCCCUCAGCCCGCCCAGCAGAGCAGUACAGCCAGUGGUCAUCUUCCAUCUGCGGGCCGCUUUGUAACCCGCCGCAGACGUGCAGCUGCCCCCAAACCCAAACCACCGAAAUCAUCGUUCAACACACUCAACUCUUCAGACGACUUUAUGUCCAGGAGAAUUGUGCGGGCCACCAGGAGGAAGGCCCUCCCAGCGUUUUUGGUGUCUAGUGCGGAAAACUCGGUGAACGCUGCUGGGACCGCCGGCUUCGCCACCAACCCCUUCCGAGAGAUUUCCCUGAAUGAGUCGACUGAUCACAGUCUCGGACCCUGCACCAGGAAACCCAUCUUUUGCUCCACCCCCUCGGCAAGCUUCUUCAGCAAACGGCCACGCCUCAAACCCCCGUCCAUCAACGACCAAUCCUCCAGCCCUCUGUCCAUGUCCGUAAGUUGCAUAGGUGUGUUGAGCACAUUCCAAGAAGACGGGGAUUCGCCAGGGCAGUUUGGCUCCCCGCCCCUCUCUGCACCACCCAUCGGGAUUAGUUCUGAGGAGCAGCUUCGGUCAAGCCUCGGUGAGCGAGAGCCAGACCUGCAUCACCGCCAUCGACCCUCAGGUGAUUCGUUUAGGAAGCCCAACAGCUCCAACAAGAGGCGUCGCUGCAGCGAGGAAGACGCAAGAACCAAGAAUGUCGAUGGAUCACCAAGUCUGAAUGUGCUCUCGACGGACAGCAGUGAAAGCAGCAGUCGUUUCGUGUCGGCAGCAGGAGGGCUAGAGUGGCUUAUAGAGCCUCUGAAGGAAAGAUGUCUGACUGAGCGCUGCCACGUGCGGCUGGAACGAUUGGACAUGCUCGCCCUGUCGCAGCUAUGCGGCCAAACAGCCUACUCCUCCUGUCUGGGACUUUCAAGCUCGGCCCACAGCCAGCAGACAAAUGAACAUCAUCUGUCUGGGGACGACUGUCGAACCUUCGACGUCCCGCAGUCUCCAGAACCAUCAUUGGAUCUCCAUUCAUCUGUGAGCAACAUUAAAAUACGUGAUUGUUUAGGCCCAGUAAAUAGCUCAGAGUCUUCUGAACACGCGGCCUCUGCGACUGGCAGUCACAGCUCAAACACCUUGCCAUCAGCCGAACACCCGUGCACACAGGAAUCCAUGGAGCUGUCAGCAUCCAUACUUAAUGUUGAAUCUACCCACCACAACGACAGCAGCGUUGUGUUUAUCAUGGGUUCACAUUCACCAGCCGACAAGCCGAUUGGCAACCGUUCUGUGCAAACACCAUCGCCUGCAGCAGUGAUGGACCAAAGUCUUUCCAAGAAAUGCACAGUUCAGCUCCAAAAACUGUCUUUGUCCCAUUCAAACGUGUCCGAAAAUGACCAUACACAUAACACGGGGGACCCAGAAGAUGUCUGUUCGGGAGAAAUCACUGAGAGAAUGACGGCGUCCAUAAACGACUGCGGUCUGGCGGCGCAGACACGGCCUUACCAACCAGAAACGGUUGGAUGGGCAGCAAUGCUCACGACGAUACUGAAGGAGAAAUGUGUAACUGACAAAGUCCUUGUCAAAGUGAAGAGAGCAACUUUGUCACAGCUGAAGGAAAUCCUGCAGCUCAAAGACGCCACGCUCAAAUCCCCCACAGACACACUGGCCACCACCGUGGAUGAUCAGACGAUGUGCGACCACCAGCCUGAGAGUGAUGCCAAUCAUCGCGACAAAGAAACUUCCGUCAACAUGGAAAAGAGUUUCUCAACCAGCUCUGGAGACGAGAUUGCUAAAGAGGAAGCAGCACGGAUCUCCCGCAACGUUCCCAGCAAAUGGAAAAAAAAGACCCAACCGGCGGCUAAAGAGAAGAGGACGAGGAGGAGCACGUCAGCGGACCGGCCCGGAACGACCAGGAAGGCGUGUGUGAGCGGCCUGAGUGUGAGCCGCUGGAAGAACAACAACAACAGCAGCAGCAGCAGCACACACGUGUUCAGGAGCAGGGCGGCGGACUGCAGCAUCAACGAGCUCAUCUCCACACAACACAAACAGCCGGCGGAGUGGCUGGGGACCGCCGUGAGUUUCUCCACCCCGCUGAAAACCAGUCGACUCAACCUCUCGUCUCUGCUGGCUGACCUGACGCCCAACACACACACCUGGAGUCGACUCAAGGCCGCCCUCUCUGUUCAUCGCAAGAGCAAGGUGCUCCUAACUCCAAGCAGGUCACGUCUGGCGGUGCACGGCUCACCUCAACGAGCGGAGUUGGUCGACGUCAGCCAGGACCUUUUUGCCACACCCUUCCGAACGCCGCUCCACAAACGCCUUCAGCCACAGCUGCUGAGCAGUGAUUCCCCGGUUGUGUGUGAGGAAGUGGAUCUGUCGGACGCAGAGAAGGUGUGUGCCGAGUGCAACCAGCCGCGCCCUCUGACGUGGGAGGAGUGCGUCCUCCCCCAGCGUAUGAAACAGUGCGUGAAGAUAGGGGAGGGGACAUUCGGGGAGGUCUUCUCCACCACCAACGCUUCAGGAGACACUGUAGCACUCAAAAUCAUUCCAGUAGAGGGCAGCGAGAAGGUAAACGGAGAGGACCAGAAGACCUUCGGAGAGAUUCUCCAUGAGAUAAUUAUCUCAAAGGAGCUGAGCAGCCUCAAAGAGAAGCAGCACAACAAGACGCACGGAUUUAUUGGACUCAACGACCUCCACUGCGUUCAGGGCCGCUACCCUCCAGAUUUCCUGAACGCUUGGGACACCUUCGACCAACAGAAAGGCUCCGAGAACGACAGACCAGAUUUCUUUGAAAGGGAUCAGAUAUUCAUAAUCCUGGAGUUUGAGUUCGGAGGCGUCGACCUAGAGAACAGCAACGGAACACUAACGUCUUUGAUGGUGGCCAAGAGCAUCCUUCAUCAGGUCACUGCUGCCUUGGCUGUUGCUGAGCAGGAGCUACACUUUGAACACAGGGACCUCCACUGGGGCAACGUGCUGGUCAAGACGACCAAGCAGAAGACGGCGAGCUUCUUGCUGAAUGGAGCAGCCCACUCUCUGGAAACUAAAGGGGUGCUGGUCCGCGUCAUUGACUACUCUCUCUCCAGACUGGAGAUCGAUGAUCUGACAGUUUCCUGUGAUAUCUCCAAUGAUGAGGAGCUCUUCAUGGGCCAGGGAGAUUACCAGUUCGAUAUCUACAGACUGAUGAGACAGGAGAAUGGAAAUAACUGGAGUAACUACCACCCCCACACCAACGUGCUGUGGCUCCACUACCUGUGCUCCAAGCUGCUCUCCAUGAAGUACCGGGGCUCGGGAGGGAGGGGCUCCAAGGGCAUGCGAGAGGAGCUCACUCGUUUCCAUGGCAACGUCCUCCAGUACAGCUCUGCCAACGAGGCGCUGCAAAACUGCCCCAUGUUUCAGUAGUAUGAUAGUGUGAGGAUGCUCACACCGACUGUUUCAUAAAAUGAAGACACAAGGUGUGUCGGGUUCAUCUGUAGGCUGCCUGUCAUCCUCCAUGAGCUCUGUUGUACAGUGUUUACACAACUGUUACUUGACAACGGUUAUUAAAAUAACCAUUUGAAAAUGAUGUAU